CCACACUAACAAAUAACAUAAAUAUAUACUAUUAGUCCACAAACCUCCUAAGAUUAGUGACCAUGGGUUUUCUAAUUAUUUUCUCUGUCUUCUCCCUCCUUGUUUCCUUUGCAUCCGCCACGAGUGUGGUUGAUUUUUGUGUGGCGGACUUUAACUAUCCUGUUACACCAGCAGGAUAUCCAUGCAGGGAUCCUGUUAACCUCACAGCUGAUGACUUUGUUUUCUCUGGUCUGGGUAUUCCAGGUAAUACCUCGACCACCUUUGGCUUUGCUAUAACUUUAGCAAUCGACAGGACUUUCCCUGCUUUGAACGGCUUAGGGCUUAGCAUAUCACGUUUGGAUAUUGCCGUGGGUGGAAGUGUCCCUGUCCAUUCACACCGAGUGUCCGAAGUUAUCUUGAUGGUCGAGGGGACAAUAAUUGCAGGGUUUAUAGGCUCAGAUAACGUUGCGUACUAUAGAACGUUAAAUAGGGGAGAUAUUAUGAUAUUUCCACACACAUUACUUCACUUCCAAGUUAACAUUGGUAAUUCUCCGGCUCUUGCGUUUGUUUCCUUAAACAGCCAAUCCCCCGGCUUCCAAACCACCACCUCUUCGCUAGCGGCGAAUGACUUGCCAAGCGACGUGGUACGAAGGAUCACUGUGUUGGAUGCUUCACAAGUUCAAAGGCUAAAGAGAACUUUUGGUGGCACCAACUAAUAAUAUGUGGAGUAUAUGCUACCUAAGAAAUAAUUUCACAAUAAUUGUGUUACGUGAUUUGUAUUGUGUGAUUGUUGCAUGUGUGUGCCGGGAUACAUGAAGGCACGUGAGUGCUUCUAUAAUAAGUAACAUGUACCUGAUGUUCUUCAUCAUAAAAUUGUAUUGUGAAUUGAAUAAAUGUGAGUUUGUAAUCUUAUUCAUUGCGAUUUAUAAAUUGAGUUGGAUGUUUAAAUUUG